AUGUCUUCAACCCCCUCUAUCGCCGAACUGCAAGCCUACUCUGAGGAGAUACAAGCCCUUUACAAGAAACUUCCCAACCUCCGCGACCUGCCCGACAACAAAGUCAACGAGACAGCCGUACUCGAACAGGACGUCAAGAACCUCGACGUGAAGGAACAGUCCCUUGAAGACAAAGUAGACGCCUACGUUAAAGGCCAUAACUUACGCGUCAUCUCCACAGGCCUCACCGACAAGAUCGCAAAGGAGUCCUCCGACUCAACCGCAUCCUCGCACGACAACCACGCCGAGGGCGGAAACCUACACGCUUCAGCUCACAAUUCCAAGGGCCCAGCCAUUCCGGACAACAUGCCCAAGGCGGAGAGCAAGGAGGACCUCAAGAAGAGGGCUGAGGAGUUGAACAAAUAG